CAAUUCCGACAGACCAAAGCCCCAACGGGUUGAACCCACGAGCCGAAAGCAAAGCAAAGCAAACAGUACUACACCAAUCUCUUGCGUCCGUACUCCGAGGAACCAAAAACGAAAGGAAAAUCUAAAGCAGACCAACCAGGACAGCGCACACCACACCCCCGAUUGCGCCGCCGCCGCCGCCGCCGCAGCCUGAACCACGCCGCCGGCCGGCGACCGCCGCUGCUCUCACCUCGGGUGCUUCAUCCGAUCCCCGAUUUGCCGGAUCACAUGCGGCCGCUUCCCCAAUGACCUCCCCACUGCUCAACUCUCUGCUCCUGCUCUUUGCCUGCGUCGUGGGCCGCGGCGGCGCUGCCCUGACGAUGCGGUCUCUGGAGUUCCACCACCGGUUCUCUGCGCCAGUUCGCCGGUGGGCGGAGGCUCGCGGGCGCGUUCUCCCCGGCGGGUGGCCGGCGCCCGGCAGUACGUCGUACGUCGCCGCCCUUGCCGGGCACGAUCGCCACCGCGCGUUGUCGGCCGGCGGUGCCGGGAGCGGCGAGCCCCCGCCGCUUACUUUCGCAGAGGGCAACGCCACCCUGAAGGUCAGCAACCUCGGAUUUUUGCACUAUGCUCUUGUGACCGUGGGCACGCCGGGGCAGACGUUCAUGGUGGCGCUGGACACUGGGAGCGACCUCUUCUGGUUGCCGUGCCAGUGUGACGGGUGCACGCCACCAGCGACGGCCACUUCGGGAUCAGCAACGUUUUACAUCCCUGGUAUGUCAUCAACAAGCAAAGCAGUUCCAUGCAACAGCAACGCUUGUGGUCUUCAAAAAGAAUGCUCUACAACAUCGCAAUGUCCAUACAAGAUGGUGUAUAUCUCUGCGGGCACAUCAUCUUCUGGAUUUCUAGUUGAGGAUGUGCUUUACCUCUCAUCAGAGGAUGCUCAUCCUCAAAUUCUCAAGGCACAAAUAAUGCUUGGUUGUGGACAGACUCAAACUGGAUCAUUUCUGGAUGCUGCUGCUCCAAAUGGUCUUUUUGGACUUGGAAUAGAUGAAAUCUCAGUUCCCAGCACUUUAGCGCAGAAAGGUCUGACAUCUAAUUCCUUCUCAAUGUGCUUUGGCCGUGAUGGUAUUGGGAGAAUCAGCUUUGGAGACCAAGGCAGCUCUGACCAAGAAGAAACACCUCUUGACAUCAAUGAACAACAUCCAACAUACGCCAUCACCAUCUAUGGGAUUACCGUUGGAAAUAACCCAAUGGACUUGGAGUUCAGUACUAUUUUUGACACUGGCACCUCCUUCACAUACUUGGCAGACCCAGCAUAUACAUAUAUAACCCAGAGUUUUCAUGCACAAGUUCAAGCAAAUCGCCAUGCUGUGGACUCGAGAAUUCCUUUUGAAUAUUGCUACGAUCUGAGCUCCGGUGAAGCAAGGAUUCCAAGUCCUGAUAUAAGCCUGAGAACAGUAAGUGGAAGUCUGUUUCCUGUUAUCGAUCCAGGGCAGGUAAUAUCCAUUCAGGAACAUGAGUAUGUUUAUUGCCUGGCAAUUGUGAAGAGCAUGAAGCUUAAUAUUAUUGGGCAAAAUUUCAUGACUGGUCUUCGGGUGGUAUUUGAUCGAGAAAGGAAAAUUCUUGGAUGGAAGAAAUUCAAUUUGCAGGUUACGAUGCUGAUAGUUCAAGCCCUCUAUCCAUCAACUCACGGAAUUCGUCAGGCUUCUCACCUUCAACGCCUGAGAAUUACUCUCCUGCGGAAACUAGGAACCCAGCUGGUGUUACCCAGUUGAGACCCCUGAACAGUUCAAGCCCAUCUCCUGUAACGUUGUAUUAUAGUUUACUCUUGAUGCUUCUUUUGGUUCACAUGGCCAUUAUGCUCUGAUUGUUUUGAUUAGUGCUCACCGUUUUGGUUGACUAUGUAGUACAGCAUAGAGAACGGUAUUGCUUAGUGCUUACAGGUCCUGUAAAUUGGACAAUAGUAAUUAAUUGUGAUGCCAAUUUUUGAUGGCUCAUUGUACAA